AUGUACUCGAAUCGUGUUGAUAUGAAACUAAACAGUUCUGUCUGUCCAUUUGGUUGCUUAAAACCGUACUAUUAUUAUUUUGUCGCAGAGUUUUAUAAUCUGGUUCCCAAUAUGGUUCAAAAAUGCAGUGGUUUAAACCGGUUGGUGCAUACAUUGUCUAAGUUACGAUUGAAUGAUGUGAAAUUAUUUUUAAUUGGAUUAGGGUUCGUAUUUUUAUUAAAUUGGAUUGUUACUUCAUCGUGGAUACCGAAAUUUAAAUGUUUGUCAGAUGGUAGCGUGCUUCAGAGCACAAAACAAUAUUCCAUAUUUUCUUUAACUGAUGUUAGUUAUGCUCAAAAUCUUGCUAAUAAGAUUAAUAUAUAUUGUUAUAUCCUAACGGAACCACAGUCACAUCUAACCAAAGCUUAUCAUGUUCAAACAACUUGGGCCCGAAGGUGUACCCGUUUUGGUUUUAUUAGUUCAGAAGAGGAAAAAUUAAUGAAAAUGCUUGCUGUUGAUAGGACUCAAAAUUAUGUUAAACAUUCUUGGAUUUCAAUGCGUGAAACACUUCGUGCAUUACAUAAACAAACUUACAAAGCAGCAUAUUUUCUUAAAGCUGAUGAUACGACUUAUGUGAUCAUGGAAAACUUAAGGAAUGCUUUAGAAUACACAGAUCCUCGUAAACCAUUUAUUAUGGGUCACAUCUAUAAGAUCCGUCCAAAUGAAUUCACUUUAUCUGGUAGUUUUGGCUACGUCCUAUCAAGAUCUGCUCUCGAAUUGAUUGUUCUGAAAGGUUUAGACAAAUUGGCUGACUGUGGACCAAUUCAGCAUGUUCGUGAAGAUAUUCAAAUAUCUAAAUGUGCAAAAGCAUUAGGCAUAGAAUUCAAAGAUAGUAUUGAUAUGUUUGGAAUGUCACGAUUCAGUAAUGUUACUAUAAACAAUCUUUUUGGAACAUUCAAUAACAGUAAUAAUAAUAGCGGAACAAUUCAGUGGGAUCCAAUAAAAACAGAUUAUACACAAGCAGUGUAUGAUUUAAAGAAAUUACCUGCAAGUCCACUGCUAAUCAGUUUCGGUGGUUUAAUGCCAGUGAAAAUGUACAUUUUAGAAUAUUUAAUCUAUCAUCUUCGACCAGUUGGAAUAACGCAUCGAAUUUUACAACAUCUACCUUAUUCAUCAUCAUCAUCUGCAAUGAAUCGUUAUCAUCAACAAGACUAUAGUACAUAA